UAACUAUUUCCUAAAAUCUCGUAUUCAAUCCCAACAAUUACUCAUUCCUGGUUACAAUUUUCCUUUCACACAAAUAUUUUUUAUACACUCUCAUAGCUUGAAAAACCUAACUCUCUCUUAACUUCUUUUUUUCCCAUCAUUGCAUAGAGAUUAUGGAGUGUAUUGUGGAUGAUGUAUCGGAUAGUACAUGUAUGGUGACGCCAAUCUAUUAUUCGAAAGAAACAACUCAAGAUCGUCAGACUUUUUUGUUUGAUUUUGAAGUUGUCUACACAAAAGUGCCUGAGCCAAAUAGUGAUGGAGAAUCUGACUACAUGUCCAGUAAGGUUAAAACAAGGACUACAAAUCAACUUCAAAGAUAUGGUCGAGACGAGUUCAUUGGUCAAGAUGAAGAACAAAUCAAAGCCACAAUCUACGAAAUCCUCAAUGAUGUUGGUGUUCCUCCGUAUCUAGGGAUCAUGAAAACAUUUGCUGAAGAAAUUCAAAGCAUAUUGAAUUCACCUCUGGAGAAAUUGGAGAAGAUAAAAGUAAAGAUUGAAGUUGUUGCACACAUGUUUCCUGAAGAUGAUGAGAUCGAUGUUGAGUGAUUUAUUAUUCUUUUGCAUCUUGGUCGUUACAAUGAUUCCUUCAUUUGCUUCUAGGUUGUUUUCAGUUUUUUACUUUUACAUUCUAUAAUGUUCUAAAGACUAAGAUAUUUUGCUAAGUCUUGAGUGGA